AUGAGUUCAUUGUAUUAUGCGAAUGCUUUAUUUUCUAAAUAUCAAGCCGCAAGUUCGGUUUUCCCAUCCGGAGUCUUUCCCGAGCAAACUUCUUGCGCUUUCGCCUCCAACACCCAGCGAGCGGGGUAUGGGGCCGGAUCCACUCCUCCCUUCGCCGCCUCCAUGCCCGGGCUCUACUCCAGUGGCAGCGCCGUGCACCCCCAGGCCCCCACCAUGUACUCCUCCGGCUACGGCCUGGAGCCCAGCUCCUUCAACAUGCACUGUUCCCCCUUUGAGCAAAACCUCUCCAUGAUGUGCCCGGGAGAUGCCUCCAAGCAGAAUUGCAACAAAACGGACCAGAGGGACUCAGAUUUGCAAAGCGACAGUAACUUCCGCAUCUACCCCUGGAUGAGGAGCACAGGCACUGACAGAAAACGCGGCCGCCAGACCUACACCAGGUACCAGACCCUGGAGCUGGAGAAGGAAUUCCACUACAACCGCUACUUGACGAGGAGGAGACGCAUCGAGAUCGCCCAUGCCCUGUGUCUCACAGAGAGACAGAUCAAAAUCUGGUUCCAGAACAGGCGCAUGAAGUGGAAAAAAGAAAAUAAAACUGCCUGCUCUGGCUCCGGCAGCCAGGAAAAGCCAGACGUGGAGGACGACGAGGAAGAAUGAAAGGGCAAAAUGUGGAUCCAGGAAACGUGAAAACCCACGCGAACAGAAAAGGGGAAAAACACACAGAAGAAAAGACUAUAUAUUAAAAUACAUAAAUGAGAAGUGCAUAAAUAAUUAAAAACAUAGGAAUGAUACAUUGUGUUUCCUGACACUGAAAAAAAAUACUACCUAUAUUAAAGUCUUUUUUUGGGGGUGGGGGGAGAUAAGACAAUAGAAUGAAUAUCUACCUAUUAAAUGUGGCUUUAGAGUCAGAAUAGACACAUUUUUCUAUGUGAGUCUUCCGAUAGUACAAGUAAUUUGUAAAUCUCCGUUUGUAUUUCGCUGUGUACUUUUUGGUAUGAAGUAAUGUGG